CCAGGCUUGCCGCUUGGCCCGAAGGUGCUGGGGGAGGGGAGCGCCGGGCUGACCGUUUCGGGGGGGAAAAAGCAAAAGGCGGGUGCAAGGCUGCCUCCCGAGGCUCUCCUUGCUUGCAAUUCCUCCCGCUUUGCUGAGUUCGGAGUCUCUACCUCCAGCACAGGAUGUGGUGCCACAGGUUGUCCCACCUUCAAAGCAGUCUCCAGGACCUACUGAGGGGAAGAGUCAUAUGUUGGGCACUUCAACAGCCCAGCUUCAAUAGCUUAUUUCCAUUAGCCGUCCAUUGGCACCAUACAGCCUCCAAGUAUCCGAACUGUGCUUGGCAGCAACAUGAAGAUCAUUUUGAACUGCAGUAUGCUAACACUGUGAUGCGCUUUGAUUAUGUCUGGCUUCGAGACCACUGCCGCUCAGCAUCUUGCUACAACUCUAAGACUCACCAGCGGAGCCUGGACACUGCCAGUGUGGAUUUAUGUAUCAAGCCAAAGACCGUUCGUCUGGAUGAGACCACACUCUUUUUCACUUGGCCAGAUGGUCAUGUGACUAGAUAUGAUUUGGAUUGGCUGGUGCAAAACAGCUAUGAAGGGCAGAAACAAAAGGUCGUUCAACCUAGAAUCUUAUGGAAUGCUGAAAUCUACCAGCAAGCCCAAGUUCCAUCUGUAGAUUUCCAGAGCUUCCUAGAAACCAAUGAAGGACUGAAGAACUUUCUGGAAAAUUUUCUGCUCUAUGGAAUUGCAUUUGUAGAAAAUGUCCCCCCCACUCAAGAGCACACAGAGAAGUUGGCAGAAAGGAUCAGCUUGAUCAGAGAAACCAUCUAUGGGAGGAUGUGGUAUUUCACGUCAGACUUUUCCAGGGGCGACACUGCAUACACCAAGCUAGCUCUGGAUCGGCACACUGACACUACCUAUUUUCAAGAGCCCUGUGGCAUUCAAGUGUUUCACUGUCUUAAGCAUGAAGGAACAGGUGGCAGGACACUGCUAGUAGAUGGAUUCUAUGCAGCAGAACAGGUACUUCAAAAGGCGCCUGAGGAAUUUGACCUCCUCAGCAAAGUGCCAUUGAAGCAUGAAUAUAUUGAAAAUGUUGGAGAAUGUCACAACCACAUGAUUGGGGUUGGGCCAGUCUUAAAUAUCUACCCCUGGAAUAAAGAGCUCUAUUUGAUCAGGUACAACAACUAUGACCGGGCUGUCAUCAAUACCGUACCUUAUGAUGUUGUCCAUCGUUGGUAUACAGCACAUCGGACUCUAACAAUAGAGUUGAGGAGACCUGAGAAUGAGUUUUGGGUCAAACUAAAGCCUGGCAGGGUCCUAUUUAUAGACAAUUGGCGUGUCCUACAUGGCAGGGAAUCCUUCACUGGCUACCGCCAACUCUGUGGCUGCUAUUUAACAAGGGAUGACGUAUUAAACACUGCUCGUCUCUUGGGGCUUCAGGCUUAAAAUUGACAGCAUUGGGAUUAUGAACACACCUGGCACCCUGGCUACCAGAAUUUCAUAUCAGCAGAAUAAUGUGGCAAAACAUACUUAAAAUUACCUCCUUACCCCAUCACACAAAGCAGAAGCCACCCCUUUAUCUAGUAGGAGAAACCUGUUGGAAAGAGGCCUGUAGUAUGAUAGCUCUCUUCUCCAAGUUAUAACAUGGGCUCAUUUGUUUUUCAGAACUUUUGGUAUAAUCUUGGCCAGUCUACUUCAGAAAUAUAAUCUCCACAUUGAUAGGGAAACAAUAUUCACUAAGUAAAAAUUUCUUGCAACUAGAUCAGUUAAAAAGAAAUGCAUUCCAAGAUUCACAAAAUUUUUGGCCUUAGGACACCUUAACACUCUUAAAAGUUAUUGAGGACUCCAAAGAGUUCUUGAGUGCAGGUUAUAUCUAUUGAUACCUAAUUGUAUUCAGUAUUAAGACUGAGAAAUGUUUAAAAUUCAAGAACACAAAAGCGCGCAUCCUUCAGCUAUCAGAGAGAUGACAUCACAUGUCAUGUAGCCUCUGGAAAAGUCUUCUGUAGAUUCAUGAGAUAAUGAGAGUAAAAAAGGCAAGUGUCAUCUUAGUGUUAUUAUAAAAAAUAGUUUUUAACCCACAGACCCAAUAAAAGGGUAUCAGGGACCCCUCCAGUUGUCUUCAGACCACACUUUGAGAACCAAUGGGCUAGAGGAUACCUUGGGACAGUCUUUUACAUAGGCCUGUGGAUUAAAGACUUUAGCUGAAACCCUAGAUUUUUCUCUACAGUCUCCUAGAACUACAGAUAUUGUAGGAACUGUUUGAUAACACAAGCUCAGUGAUAAGGUGGGAACUGAACACAUAGUGUUUUAUCUUGUGAGAAGGGUUAUCUCCACCCAAGUCAUGUCUCAAGGAACUAAACUAGGAAGUCACAAUAGCUCCUAUGGAACAAACCCAUCAGUUCGGUAGCUCUGUGAGGCAUUAAUUGCAGAAAGUUUUUAGAGACUUCUGAGGUUCCAUAUGACAGUUCAUACAUACACACACACACACACACAUGCACACACACACACAGACACCCCAUGAGAGAGUGCAGAGGGUUAGCCUGUAAGGUUGUUGAGGGAACUCAUCAUGAUAGAUGAUGUGCCUCCAAAGAACUGGAGAUUACUAUCCAAACUUACAGUUUGGCUUUUGAUGAAAUUUGGGAUGCAAUCUGUUUUCCUCCAUUUCUGCUGAUCUUUUUUUUGGUUUUUUUCCUCUCUUAAAAUAUUAUACAUGUUAAUUGCCAAGAUUGACUGCGUUAAAUAUAAUACCAUGUUUCUUUUAUUUUUUAAUGGCUUCCUUUAUAUAUGGAGAGAGAGAGAAGAGAGAGAGAUCGAGAUGAUAGAUAUGAGGCUUAUUUUCCCCUGGCUGUCAUAGAAAGUGAAGCUGUACAAUAACCACAUUGACCACUGUGGAAUGAUGAAAGAGGAUCCAGGAUAGGAUGUGCACAAGAGUGGAAAAAAAGCAUUACUAGUGAGGAUAGGAGUCACAAAGCAAAGAAAACUCAGUACUCUGACAGAGAAUGAAGCCUAAUAUGACGUUUUUAAGGAGUUCCUAGUUCACAUUUAGUAGUUUAUGCAUUAUUUUAUUGACCAUCUAGUGCUCCAAAGUAUGUUCUCAGAAUAUUUCUACAUUUUAUUUGUACUAUAUAGGAAUCUUCAGGGAUCCUCCAUGAAAUUCUUUUUCCUCUUAGGUCAAAGGAUUGAUAAUUAAGUUCAGGUCUUAAAGAGUAUAUCCAUUAGCAAUCAGAAAAGCAGUAACAUUUUAAUAGGCAAUCUUUUCUCUCUACUAUUAUGUACUCCUAAAAUAUGUCACCAUUAGUCUUCAUAAGGAUGUUUACCUUUUUUGAAAUUUUGACUAAAUUAGCCUUGAAAAUUAUACUAUAACUGAGGUCAGCAUUGAUUUUAUGACAAGCAAAGGACAUAUUCAUGACCCUGGAGAGAUAAGGACACAGAUCAAUCUUCUCUCUUACUGAAAGACUCUCUCCACCUUCUGGCUCCCCUGGGACCUUGAUUCGUUAAUUAUUUCACCCUCGCUUUCCUGAAUUUUCAAUCAAUACUUUUGUACAAUGUAUUCCCUUCAGAGGAAGAAACAGGGAAGGGAAUUAUUUGAGUCCUCUUCAUGGAGCAUUAAAAACUUUCUAUGUGAGACGUUUCUUUUUUCACAUCUCUUUCUUGUGUCCUUGAGAAUGUAAGCACAGGUCUAUGUCUACCAAGCUCACUGUAAAGUCACUUUUACCUUUUGCAGUGGUGGAUAGGAUCAGUAGGGUUAGGAGCACAGCACCUAACAUAGUGUUUCAUAAUACAAAUUUGUUGGAAUAAGAGUAAAUUAAUGAAUCAUUUUCCAAACAAACUCACCAGAAAUUGCCACAUUCUCUAUAAGUAUGCCCUUUUGUGUUUGGCAGUUAACUAGCACUGAAUUUUGUUUACCUUCAUCUAGAGUGGCCAACCAUCCAAGUGUGCCCAGGAUUGAGAGGUUUCCUGGGCUGCAGAACUUACAGUUUUAAAACUGGGGAAGUCCCACAUAAACCAGGACUGCUGGACACCCUACCUUUUUGCUGCCGUCUGUGUAUUUAGUUUUCAUCACUGCUUCCCAUUUCUGUCCAACUACUUGUGAAUCAUAACUUGGGUAGUCCAUGAUGAAAAGGAAAAAAAAUGUAUGAACUAUAGUGUGUUGUGGUGGAUCCCAAAGUAGUGUCCCCAGACCAGCAGCAUCAGCAUCAUUUGAGAACUUGUUAGAAAUGAAAAAUCUCAGGACCCACCCCAGACUUCAUAAAUCAGAAGCUCUGGAGGGGGAACCCAGCAGUUUGUAUUUUAGCAAGCCCUCCAGGAGAUUCUGAUGCCUGCCAAAGUUUGAGACCCACUGAAGGAAGAGCCCUGAUGCUGACUUCUAGGCCCAGUUAUGCUACUGACUCACUAAAUGACUUGAGGCAUGUCCCUCUCCUGUUUUGAGUUACAAUGGGCUCUUCAGUUUUCUCUUCUACAGUUUAAAAUGGAAGCCUUGGACUAGGCAGCAUCUAUAGGCUCUGCCACUCUGUAAUUUUAUUUGACCUCUCAUAGCUUAAGUUUUCUCAUAUGGGCACAGUAAGGAAAAUACCUUCCUCACAGACUUUUCUAACAAAUUUGUUUACUCUUACAUAAGAUGUUUGCAGCACAUAAUGAUGACCAAUAAUAAUAGCUAACUCCUACAUAGUGCUUUCUAUGUGCUACACACUGUUCUAAGUGCUUUAAACCCCUAUAGCAACACUAUGCCCAUUUUAUAAAAGAAGAAAUAGAGACAAUAAGAAAUUAAGCAGCUGACCCGGGAGCACAUAGCUAACUAAGUGUCAGAGACUGGAUUACAACCUCGACAAUCUGGCCAUAGAAACAGUGUUUUAACUAAUAUGCCAUAUUGCUCAAUAAAUGUUAAUUCCAACCCCCUUUUCCAUACUUACAAGGUCUGGCUGCUUUAACAAAGACAAUGAUCAUCAUCCCUACUUUCACAGUCCUUCCUACAAAAUCUUAAAAGAAUCAUGAGAAUAUCUAGAUUUGUUUUGCAAAUAGUUUGCAAACGUCCACAAAAAACCCCUCACUUUCUAAAAAGUGUUUUCCACCUUCUCUAAUUUUACCUCUUCCAAAGGUGGAAACUUGAUGAUAGAAGGAAAUCAAUCUGUUCAGCAUUUUCCCUUCUUACUGCACUCUUGUAAACUACCAGUCAGUUGUUAGGGUCAAAACUAUUUUACAGGAUGUAUUCAUAUCGCUGCCUCAGGGAGCUCUUGGGCAUAUUGGAGAUCCACUCACAGAGCCAGCUGGUGGCUUAGCUCAGCUUCUAGUUGUGAGAUCCGGCUGUGUCUGUGUCCUCACCUCCUGCAGCUCACCAGAGCCAAAGACUCUGGCAGAUUUGGUAGUAGGGGUUUUUUUUUUUUUCAGAUUUACAUUCAAGGGUUGGUGGGCUUGAGGGUAGUUCCAUCCUAGUCCUUGGCUUUAAGCUGUGAGCCUGGCUUUUGUCCUCCAUCUUGCUGAGAGUGCUUUUGGACGUUUAUACCCUGCAGGAGCUUAACUUCUGGCUAACAUUGUUUGCUUCCAGUCCAGCAAGCCUGUCAUUUCAACACAGAGACAAUCAUCUCUUUUUUUUUUUUUUUUUUUGUCUUGGCCAUUCCUUUUUGAUUCUACCUUUUUGUAUUUUGUCCAUCAUUGUUGUGUGUUUGGAGCAACGGGCUAUCCAUAGCAAGAACUCACUGUAAAAUCUUGAAUGGGAAGUCAAUGGAAAUCUUUCCCGUGUGGAUUUUACUUUUCCCUGAUUCCCUAAAUUGAGUUUGCAAAAUAUGACUGCGUGAUUUCUCAAUGAUUUAGGCUUAUUGUUAUGACUGUCUGUUUUUGUGCCAGGCUAUGAAGCAGAAUAAGGUCUUAGCUUGAUUAAUGGAAUCCAAGCUUCCUUUCUGGAAAAAAAUAAUCAAGCAUUCCUUACAAUUGUGAUAAAUCAUCUUAAGCCACGUCGGUGUGUAUCAUAUGGAUUAAUAGUGGUAUUCUAAGUUAUUUUCUGUGUGGGUGCAUAGGCAUGGUAAUUUAUCCUGUGCACAAGUGAAGAUCACAAGGGUCAAUGCUAUGCAAACCUGUGAAGUCGGCAAAGGUUUUUCUCUGUUAGCCCCAUCUUUCUCCAUUGUCUACCCUUUGCCUCACUGAGGUGGCCACUUCCUCCAAUUCAGGUACUCAAUAUCCUCUCACCUUCUGCUUUCUAGCUCCCUCUCUGAUGCCUUGACUGAGGCAGCAUAGUAUCAUAGGAAGAGCAUGGACUUGGACCGACCUGGGCUUGGAUUCCAUCUCUACCUCUUACUAGCCUGGUGAAUUUCAAGAAGCCACUUUCCCUCUUUGAGCCUCUGUUGCCUCAUCUGCAAAGUGGGGCUAAUAAUUACCAUCUACCUGAUAAAGCUGUGAUGAAGAAUGAAAUGAGAUCAUGUGUAUAAAGUGUCUACCACAGUGAGCAGCACAUAAUAAAUACUCAGUAGUUGUUUA